UCUGAUGGAUUCGGGUCUUUUCUCCAUGGAGAUGGAAUAAUCGCAAAUAAAUUAACAAAGUGGAUUUGUAUGCGCAAAGUAUACAAAAAAAGGAAAACAUUCUAGUCUAAAGAAGGUGAUAAAAUAGCGAUCAUAUAACAGUGAAAUGGAUGAAGCUAAAUUUCUGAAAAGGAAAGUGAGAUCUGGGACAUUGGACGUGCAUCCAACGGAAAAGGCCCUGGUAGUAAAUUACGAUGUCGAGGCGUUGAUAUUAGGGGAACUGGGAGAUCCUAUGCUUGGUGAUCGCAAGGAAUGCCAAAAGAUAAUCAGAUUGAAAAGUUUGAAUGCGGAUACAAAUGUCUCCCUCUUGGCCAAAGAAGUAAUGGAAAAAUGUUCAUUAAUACACGAGUCCAAGUUGCGCGAAGUUGAGCAGCUAAUAUAUUAUUUACAAAAUCGUCGGACUAACGACACCAGUAUGGGUAAUGAUAGCAACUCUCAUCCACCAAGGCCAGUAUCAUCAAAUUCAGUGACUACGGAAAAUAGCGAAAUUGAACGCGCAGUCAUUAGUAAUGUUGACAGUUAUAUUGAAUUAUUAUAUGAAGAAAUACCAGGGAAAAUUAAAGGUUCAUCAUUAAUUUUACAAUUAGCGAGAGUACCAGAUAAUCUUUUAGAGUUGACAAAAAAUGAAUCAUUGUUAAGUGCAUUAGCUCGAGUCCUAAGAGAAGAUUGGCGACGCAGCAUAGAGCUAUCGACAAACAUCAUUUACAUUUUCUUUUGCUUUUCAACAUAUAGCCAGUUUCAUAAUAUUGUGCUCGAAUACAGAAUUGGUUCUCUUUGUAUGGAUAUAAUUGACUUUGAACUGCGUCGCUAUGAUCAGUGGAAGGAGGACAUGGAGAAACGCCGAAAACAAUUUGAGAACACUACUGGUUUAACGUUUUUUCCAGUGGGAAAUAAUGACAAUUGUGAUAGAAAGAUUAGAAUCAUCGACGACAUUUGGAAUAUGGAAGGCCCACUAGAUUACGAAGUCAAAAGACGGUCCACAGAAAUAUCCACAACUUUGUCUGAGAGUGACAUUAAGAAGUUAAAAGAGGAACUUGAGAAAAGUCGCAAGAAAUUUAAGAGUUUAACUAAAAAGCAGGAACAACUGCUGCGGGUUGCAUUUUAUCUACUCUUAAACAUCGCCGAGAAUGCCAUGGAAGUUGAAAGAAAAAUGCGUAAGAAGAAUGUCAUUGGUAUGUUGAUUAAAACGUUAGACAGGACGAACACUGACUUGUUAAUAUUGGUUGUCACAUUUCUGAAGAAACUAUCCAUCUUUCGUGAAAACAAAGAUCUAAUGACAGAAGAAAAUGUUAUAGAUAAAUUACCGAGACUUCUACAAAAUAAUAACGCUGAUCUUGUGUUGAGCACUUUAAAACUGUUGUUUAAUCUUUCUUUCGAUGCUAAGCUAAGAGCAAGAAUGAUUAGAGUUGGCAUGUUACCAAAAUGGAUCAAAUUGCUUAUCCAGGCUGAUGUAAAGAGUAAGAGCACAAUUUUGGGACUGCUUUAUCAUGCCAGCAUGGAUGACAAAGUGAAAGCAAUGUUUACAAAUACAGAUUGCAUUCCAAUGAUAACAAACAUGAUAUUAAGUUCCGAGGAUGAACACGUAAGAUCUGAAUUAGUAGCACUUGGCAUCAAUUUAGCUAUCAACAAUAAGAAUGCGCAACUGAUGGUGGAAAAUAACCGUUUACAAGGUCUCAUAAAAAUUGCAUUCAGAAAUCAAGAUGCUCUUGUAAUGAAGAUGAUUAGAAAUAUUUCGCAACAUGAUUCGACAAAAGAAAGUUUUGUUGAAUUUGUGGGUGAUUUUGCUAUGGCCUUGACUCAAUCUGAUUCUCAAGAUUUUGUACUGGAAGUAAUUGGUGUUUUGGGCAACUUAGAAUUGCCUGAUUUGGAUUAUUCUCAAAUCAUUCAACGUUGCAAUCUUAUACCAUGGAUCCGCAAUAAUCUAGUCCCAGGUAAGGCACAAGACGAUUUGGUUCUUGAGGUUGUCAUAUUUUUGGGCACUGCAGCUUAUGACGAAGAUUGUGCUCGUUUGCUGUGUAAAGCUGAUAUACUUCUCUCUCUUAUCGAACUUCUUAAAGCCAAACAAGAGGAUGAUGAAAUGGUUUUGCAAAUUAUUUACGUUUUUUAUCAAAUUGCAAAACACGAUUCAACGCGAGAUUAUUUGAUCCGCGAAACUGGCAAUGAGGCUCCUGGAUAUCUGAUUGAUUUAAUGCACGACAAAAAUCCUGCAAUCAGAAAAAUCUGUGAUGCAUGUUUAGAUGUCAUUGCUAUAUGUGACAAGAAUUGGGCGGCUCGCAUAAAAGUAGAGAAAUUCCGGUCACAUAAUCAGCAAUGGUUGGAAAUGGUUGAAUCUAUAGGCGCAGACUCGACCACUCACAUGCUACCGGAUGACGAUGACAGUUUAUCUCCAUUCAUCAGUGGUGAUUUGUUAAAACAUACCAUAUUGUUUCCCUCUGGUAAUGCAGCAUCAUUUAAUACAGAUGAUGGAUUUUCAAUCAUGAAAAAUUCAUCGGAAUCGUCUGAAAAUCCUAGUCGGCCUGUCAGUAGAUAUCGAGAUCUCGAUGAUAUAGGCGAACUCAUGGCGCGUUCUAAGUCUCGUAUGUCCAUUGGUUCAGGUAUAGAGGAUUUAUAUUAUAAUUCUAGAGUGAAGUUCAAUGAUUCGGAUAGUUCCCACGUAUUAAUAUGAAGAUUAAUUCAAAUGUUCUGAUGUAGAUACGCGACUUUUAACUUUUCGAAGAUAACAAAAAUAUUUUACAUUAUCUGAACAUUAUACGUGUUUGAUGUAAAAGAAAAUCUUUGCUACUAUUUACUAAGACGUGCUUGCUUAAAUCGAAGAUUUUUAUUGUACACAUGAUAGAUUGCUUUGAUCUCAUAGUUAAGUAUUUUAGUGCCUUUUAUUUUUUUAUACAUUUAUUUAUGAACAUCAGCUUUACACUGAUGCGUGAUUCUAUUACGUUGCAAAAUAACUGAUAGUGUUAAUUAAGUCCUUUCGAAUCUCUUUUAUCUUGUGAUAGACUUCAGGCAGUCAAGAUAGUGUAAUGAAUAUGUGGUUAAAUGUAAAAUUAGUAUUUACGAUAUAUAGUUCAAAAGUGUCUCGUAGUAUUUAUAUUGUUAAUAUCAGUUAAACGACAAGUGGUGUAUGAAAAUAUUUAACAAUUUAGAGUGACAGCAGGAAUGAAAUUAUUCCAAGAUACAGUAUUUUUUGUUUAUUUAUUAAAUUAUUAAAUAUAGUAAAUUGUGCAAUAAAUUAUAUAAAUAUAUGUAACUUCAUUAUAUAUAAAUCUUUUUCAUUCUUUCUCUAGAAAAUAAUCCGAAUAUAUAAAUAUUCUCUCUCUUAUAUUGUUUUUCCGUCGUGUUUCAUCGCACCUCUUGUUCCUUUGUGUUGUCAAUUUAUCGCAUUUAUUAACAUAAGAUGGUAUUUUAUUACAUUAACAAAAUGCAUGACAUAUAGGUACAAACUAUCCAUUAUAUGACAAAAUAAAUUAUGAUAUCUCGUA